GAGUGCAGCCGAGGUAACCAGUAAACAAGAUGGCUGUAUCAAAAGAGUUUGACAUCGAUAGGUUGAAGAAAUUGUUUAUCAUAUGUCGAAAUGAAAAUGAUGGUUUGGAUAUGGACAGCUACAUAGAUGCAUAUGAUGAGCUUUCCAAGUUGUUCCGUAUUUUUGGGACGGUGUUUGGAUUUGUUGCAUCUGAUGUUGAUGAAAAAGUCGGAAUCCUUCGAGAAUACAGAUCUCUUCCAGAAAAGGAAGAGUUUAAAACCAUCCAGUCGAUGAUACAGUAUGAAAUGAGAACUAAAACCACGAAAACAAUGAAGGCAUCUCGUACGUUGCUACGGCUACACCGGGCCCUGGAGUUUGUCUUGGAAUUCAUGCAAGAAAUCAGCAAUGCAGAUGACAGUGUCAGGAUGUCUGAGGUGGGAUCUCAAGCCUACGAUAGGACACUGGCCAAAUUCCAUCCCUGGUUGAUUCGGAAAGGGGUCCAUAUUGCAGUUUACACUCUACCGAACAGAAAACAUCUUCUGCAGAAAAUGAAGAUUCCAGAUGAGAAAGCCAAAGAAGUUCUUGUUUCAGUAAUUGAAGUUGGUCGUUUAAUUUAUGAUGAAACGCAAGAACUAUAUACCACAAAUAAUCUGUUAAAUUUACCAUAAUCAUCAUUAGUCAUAAUAUAAUUUGAGUAAAUAUUAAUUAAUAUUUAUAUGUAUUGUUACUAAUUUUAAUAUAUUUUGUAGGUUUUUUGCCAAGUGUGGUUUUUUGUGGUUAUUUUCUUACCGAGUUGGUUUGUGUAGAUGGUUCUGAAUAUUUCUAGACCAUCAGAGAAUACUGAUUUAUCUGUCACAUAAAUAUAAUUUAAAAAACAUUUUGAGAAAUGAGCUUUGUGUGAGCGAUUGUGAUGCUGGCCAUAACAUCUUACUUUAACAGUCAGCAAAUACAUUUGUACUGUAGACAGUUUUAAGACUAAAACAUUGCUAAAAUGUUUGGUACUAAAAUAAUAAUUAUAUUUUUAUUGUGUUUUUUAAUAUUUAAAAGCUGUUUUUUACAAUAUGUUGCCAACAGUGUAAUAAGAGUAAACAUUCGUGAUGUUGCAGUGAUCAAUUAUGAAAACAAAUCGAUUGGUUCGACUCCACCAAUGUGAUGAUUAAAACAAUCCAUAAUCGAUUGUGUGGGGGAAUAUUAAAGGCAUACUGUCACAGAUUUAAGAACCUUAUUUCUCUAAAAAUGGAUAAUAAAUAAACAUUACAUUAAUAUUUGGAAACCACCUUA